AGGUUUUCAUCAUCUUGUUUUUCUUUUAACAGCGCUGGCCACCAUUAAUCCAAUGCGAAGACGGCUGGAUUCAAUUUCUCUCCUUGAAUCUGUCGAAGGCAUCUCACAGUCAGAUUCCAUGGCAGGAAAGUCGGAGCGAAUCGCCACCGCCACCUUCAAGCAGAAGAUGGCUUUCCACAAGAGUGCCCUGGACAUCCUGCUAAAUAAAUUAAUGGAAGCGAUGGACAAUAAGUGCGCUGAUUUCCAGGCAGAGCUCCUCAGAAAAGAGAAAGAAAUCGCCAGCCUGAAGCUGCAGCUGGAAAUUUCUCGGCAGGAACUAAGAAUUGUGCGGGGACGGACAAGCUGUGGAGCCCUGUGCCCGGAAGAUUCUAGAUGUCAUGGGAGUGGAGACCUGAGAGGAUCCUUCAGAGAUUUAGAAAGUAAAGAUGGGAUGGAUGACACUCCUUGUGCUAGCACCAGCCUGCUGGAUCAGAAGGAGGGGGACGAAUGGGUGACAGCGGUUGAUGGUGGCGGCCAGAUGCAGGAUCUACCAGUUAUCACUCAUGUAUGGGGAAACUGGAAAGGAGGUCAAGGUAUGGAGGACACCAGUAUGGAGACCGGAGACCCCACUUUGGCUCUUGCUUUUGAGAGUGAUGAUGAUCAUGAUAAUAAAGACUGGCUACUGUCUGUCAGCAUUGAAGCAGAAAGCCCUGAAGCACUUGCCUUCCAUGUUCUGGAACAGGUUGCUGCUCAGGUGAAAGUGGAGGACGCAGUCACCUUCAACACCUCUGAUCCAGGGUCAGGCUUGGGAAAUGUGCCUAGGAGUGAGAGUGAGGAGCCACCACUUCUAACACCUCAGGGAUUCCAUGUGGGCAUGCAGCUCAUGGGUCUACAUGAUGAGAAUGACACCAGCAGUGAGCAACUCGGAGCCCUGAAGGAGGAGAAUGAGUCUUUGAGCUGCUGGCCAUACCAAGCUAAUCCAAGCAAAGCUGAUCAAGGAGGAGCAAAUGCAGAGAGUUACCACAUGCUUCAGAUCAUGCCUGUUGAGAUACCAGCUUGGACGGUUAUACCUAAAACAGUUUUCCAGGAUGAAGUCAUUAACAUGCAGCCUCAUUCUCCACUUCCUGGAGAGGCCUUCUACACCCCAGCUGGUGUUUCCGCCACUGAUGGAGCUGAAGUGGACAGGACACCUCAGGAGGUUUUACAGGGUGUGGAAGCCCAGCAGCCAUCAACCAUGGUUUCCCAGACUUUCUCCUGCUUUGAGUGCAAAAAGCAGUACAAAUACAAAUCAAGCUACCAGAAACACAAAAAGACUCACAAGGUAAAUAAUCAGUUCCCCUGUCUGGACUGUGGCAGAGCCUUCAGCCAGUUGACUGCCCUUAAGAUACACCAGAGGAUCCACACAAAAGGGAACUCCUUUACCUGUCAUGACUGUGGCCAGAGAUUCUCCAGCUCGUCUGACCUCCACAAACAUCAGCGGCUUCACACUGCACAGAAGCCAUUUCCUUGUUCCCAGUGCGAUAAGGCCUUCUCCCACUCAUCCACCCUUAAGGCACACCAAAGGAUCCACACAGAAGAGACACCGCUUCCCUCAAGGAGCUGUGGUAAUAGUCUCUCAGAUUCAAGUGAAGCCAAGAAAGAACAGCAGCCUCACAGUAAAGAGAAGCUCAACACGUGCAACAGAUGCAAAAGGAACUUUGCUCACUUAGCCGCUCUGAAAUCGCACAUGAAGACCCACAAUGACUGAUCGCACCUCCCUGUGUAACUCUCCUCCUAACACCCAAUUUUUUUUUAAAUUGCAAAUCUUUUUUAAAAACCCAUUUUUAAACUCGGUGGGGCAAUAAAGUUUUUAGGGAAAUUGGAAAUCGCACAUGAAGUCCCACAACGACUGAUCGCAUCUCCCUGUGUAACUCUCUUCCUAACACCAAAUUUUUUUUUAAAUUGCAAAUCUUUUUAAAAAUCCAUUUUUAACCUCAGUGGUGUAAUAAAGUUUUAUGAAAUCGGAAA